AUGGCUUCUUCUACUCGCUCUUUGGUUUCUACCACGAUUUUGCUGCUUGUUGCAUCUGUCGCUGCGCAGGUUGUGACUGUCACAGCACCGUCUCCAACGACGGCAACAACAGCAACAUCUUCAACAACACCAGCGUCAUCCACAGAAAGACUAGCGCAGACUGUUACAGUGACAGCCACAGUAGCGCCUUCGGGAUCAACGGUACCGUCAAUUACUGCUGUGUCUGACUGUCAUACUCAUGGCACUGCCAACUGGUGUAUGGCCGGUACCGAAGAGUACCAGAUUAUCGGGCCCACCGCAACUGAAGAAUUUCAGGCACAGUACACCGGCUGCCACACACAUGGGAGUGACACAUUCUGUGUCGAUGACGCCGGCGAAGAUGUUGAAAUCCUCGUAGGGACUGCCGCGGAAUCAGGUGAAGCGGUAUCAGAAGAUCCAGCUGGGUCUGAAGAGCAUUGCCAUUUCCACGCAGGUGUCGAGCACUGUGUUGGUGGUAGUGAGAGUGAAGAAUCGAACUGCGACGCGACAGACCGAAACUACAACAUCGGGUUACGCGUCGGUCUGCUCUUUGUCAUCCUCACCACCAGUGCCAUUGGAGUGUUCAUCCCCAUCAUCACCACACGCUUCAAGAUCUUGUCCAAGAACAACAUCAUUUUCAUCAUAUUAAAGCAAUUUGGCACUGGAAUUGUUAUCUCCACUGCUUUUAUACACCUUUUUACCCAUGCCGAGCUCAUGUUUGGCAACGACUGCCUGGGUGAACUGAAGUAUGAGGGUACAACGGCGGCCAUCUUCAUGGCUGGUCUAUUUUUGUCAUUUCUGAUGGACUAUAUUGGUGCGAGGUUCGUUCAAUGGCGCCAGAACAAACUUGUCGCUGCCGACCCAGAAGACCGACAUGUUACAGACGGUGACAAGUCUGAGACCUCAGCUUCGAGCACCCCAGAUAACAAGAUUGUGUACAAUCAUGGUCAUAGCCACGGUCACAGCCAUGGAGCUAUGCGUGGCCCCUCACCCAUGGAGGAAAAGAUCAAUGUCUGGAAUCUGGAGGCUGGCAUCAUCUUCCACUCAAUCCUCAUUGGUAUCACACUUGUGGUUGCAGGUGACACCUUCUUUAUCACCCUCUUCAUCGUCAUCCUUUUCCACCAAAUGUUCGAGGGCAUCGCUCUUGGGACCUGCAUCGCCGAGCUCCCCACGGCCGCAGCCACUACUGUCUACAAGUGCCUCAUGGCCGGCCUUUUCGCGCUCAUCACGCCUAUCGGCAUGGGUAUUGGUAUCGGCGUACUAAACAAAUUCAACGGUAAUGACCCGUCUACGAUCAUCGCCAUCGGAACGCUUGAUGCAUUUUCUGCCGGUAUUCUGGCGUGGGUUGGUAUCGUGGAAAUGUUGGCGAGAGACUGGCUGCACGGACGGUUGGCGAACGCGAGUUUAAUCAGAACAGUUUGUGCGAUGUUGGCACUGAUUUCGGGGAUGGUUCUCAUGAGUGUGCUCGGAAAGUGGGCGUAA